CACGAAGACAACCUGGCAUCGUGCCUCUGCACCUCUCCUCACAUGUGAACCCAUCCUGCUGGUCACAUUGGCAAUCCAGCCUCCUCCUCCUCCUCCUCCUCCUCCUGCCUGAGACCCGUUCAGCUCCGCACUCUCCCCAUCUCUGCGCCAGCCUCCGGACUCCACUGUCUCCUCCACCGGAUCAGAUAACGGAUAUCAGCCCGUAGAAACUUCUAUAAAAACGUAGCUUUCAUCAUGUCCUCAGUGCUGCAGAAGCUGAUCAGCCCUUUGGCCAGCAGCCCCGCUGAGCCUCCCAGGAACAAGGUGACGGUGGUCGGGGUGGGCCAGGUGGGCAUGGCCUGUGCCGUAAGCAUCCUGCUUCGGGACCUGUGUGAUGAGCUGGCUCUGGUGGAUGUGAUGGAGGACCGUCUCAAGGGAGAGAUGAUGGACCUGCAGCAUGGCAGCCUCUUCCUGAAGACCUCCAAGAUAGUCGCUGACAAAGACUACGCAGUGACAGCCAACUCUCGCCUGGUCGUGGUGACGGCCGGCGUCCGCCAGCAGGAGGGCGAGAGUCGCCUCAACCUGGUGCAGAGGAACGUCAACGUCUUCAAGUCCAUCAUCCCCCAGAUCAUCAAGUACAGCCCCAACUGCACACUCAUUGUGGUCUCCAACCCUGUUGAUGUGCUGACUUAUGUGACCUGGAAACUGAGCGGUCUGCCCAAGCACCGCGUCAUCGGCAGUGGCACCAACCUGGACUCUGCCCGCUUCCGCUAUCUGAUGGCUGAACGUCUCGGCAUCCACGCCAGCUCCUUUAACGGCUGGGUGCUGGGAGAGCACGGAGACACCAGUGUGCCAGUGUGGAGCGGUGCUAACGUGGCUGGAGUCAACCUGCAGAAGCUGAACCCUGAGAUCGGCACAGACGGUGACAAGGAGCAGUGGAAGGCCACGCACAAGGCUGUAGUGGACAGUGCUUAUGAGGUGAUCAAGCUGAAGGGCUACACUAACUGGGCCAUCGGUCUGAGCGUGGCAGACCUGACUGAAAGCAUCGUCAAGAACAUGAGCCGUGUUCAUCCUGUCUCCACCAUGGUCAAGAACAUGUACGGUAUCGGCGAGGAGGUCUUCCUGUCUCUGCCCUGCGUGCUGAACAGCACCGGCGUGAGCAGCGUGGUCAACAUGACCCUGACUGACGCCGAGGUCAGCCAGCUGAGGAAGAGCGCCGACACGCUGUGGGGCAUCCAGAAGGACCUGAAGGACAUCUGAGCACACCGGCGCACAGAAGACACACCCAUGGUGCCCAGAGGCCUGUCGACACGCACACACUCCUUUAAUAUCGUCCCUGUCUCUUAGACUGUAUUGCUCUUAUUUUGAAGGAGAAUACCAGUGUUUUUUAAAAGAAUGUGCCAGUGAGAAUUUUACUUUCACACGCCUGAUUUGACUUUGAAACAGUAGUACACUCCUUUAAAAAAAUGUGCUCUCCAGCAGUUGUAAACUGUGUUUGUGUUACGAGAUGUAAGAUGAACCGUGUUACUGUUGUACUCUCGCUGUUUGGACCAGGAUCAAACACAAACCUCAAAAAGCCAAAAACCGUCACUGUCCUCUUCCACUGCUCACUGUACUGAGUCCUUCCUUUAGUCCACCAAGAGAAAGACCCUUAAUGUCUCGGCAAAGACACUAAAAAAUCCAAAAAGGAUGCCGUUUUCCUCCCGCCUUCGUCUAAAAGUGAGUCUCUCCAGCGGGCGGCCGCACACUUAGGUCAAAGCACAGUGAAUUUGUGAGUGUGAUGGUGGAGUGUUCUUCCCCUCCCGUUGUGUUUGCAGAGGGAGAUGGAGCAGCAGGGGAGGAGUGGGAAAGUCCAGCUCCAGUUGAUUUUUUUUGACAUCCGUUGUUACUGUCCGACCUUGUGUUGUGUGUAAAUUAAUAAAUUUGAUGAAGGUUA